AUCGGUAUGCUGCAGCCCUGGCUAUCUCACGUUUUUAAUUUUCUCAUUUUUUUGUUGUAGCAUAAACAAUCAGAAAUGACGGAAAUAGGCAAGCCUAAUAUAUUAAUAACAGGCACACCCGGAGCCGGUAAAUCAUAUUUGUGCCAACGUCUGGCCGAGCAAUUGAAGUUUACUUGGUUGGAUUGUUCGAAAAUUGCAAAGGAAAAGAAUUUUAUUGAGGAAUAUGAUGAAGAAUACGACUGCCCCAUACUUGAUGAGGAUAAGCUCAUGGACUAUCUGGAGCCGCUGAUGACAAAGGGCGGCAACAUUGUCGAAUAUCAUGGCUGUGAUUUCUUUCCCGAGCGUUGGUUCCAUGCCGUAUUCGUUGUUACCUGUCCCAAUAAAACGUUAUACGACAGGCUCAAGGAACGCAACUACAAUGAGAAGAAGCUAACGUCCAAUAUACAAUGUGAAAUAUUUGGCACAAUCUUGGAAGAAGCGCGAGAAUCGUAUAAAUCGGGCAUUGUGUACGAGCUCAAGGGAGAAACCAAAGCAGACGGCGAGCGGAGCCUAAAAACUGUUAGGAAUUGGUAUAGCAUGUGGAAGCGCAAGUAAAUACGGGGUGUUAAAUACUAAAACUCUAUUCAUAGUUUUGUAUUGUAAGAGGCUAAGCCCACAGUUUCCGUUUUUUUUUUUUAAUUUUUUGAGUAGUUGCGAGCUCUACCUCACAUUUGAGUUUUUCAACUAUGAGUUAAUAUAUAAGAAAAUUAUUGUCAAAUGACUUUACCGUAAACCAAA